AACCGGAGCGAGAUCUUGAGAAGGACAAGAGAGCCGAAAAGAGGAGCGUUGUGUUGUUAGGCUUGUUUGUAUUGUGUUAGUACCAUUUUCUAAUCUCAUCAUCUAACCCUUCCAUCGUAGUUUCCACAUUUCUCCUACCGAAAAGUCAAAACUACCCACUCACCCAGGUAGGCACAGGCAGCGAUGGACGUAGGAGCCGGCGACGAUCAUUCCCCGGAAGCCGUCAUAUCGCGGUGGAAAUUCGCGGUGUCGCAGCAGUACCAGCACAUGCUGGACAAAACGACGCCGCACGUUCUCCGGCGGUGGAUCGGGUGCCUGGUGGUUGCCGCCGUGUACGUGCUCCGCGUGUACUUGGUCCAAGGCUUCUACAUCGUCUCCUACGCCCUCGGCAUUUACAUCCUCAACCUCCUCAUCGGCUUCCUCUCCCCUCAGGUCGAUCCCGAGAUUAGCGACGGCCCCACCCUCCCCACCCGAGGAUCCGACGAGUUCCGCCCUUUCGUUCGACGCCUCCCCGAGUUCAAGUUCUGGUACUCGAUCACAAAGGCUUUUUGCAUUGCAUUUGUGAUGACUUUCUUUAGUGCAUUUGAUGUUCCAGUAUUCUGGCCAAUACUCCUUUUCUACUGGGUGGUUCUAUUCACACUUACAAUGAGGAGACAAAUAUCACACAUGAUCAAAUACAAAUAUGUACCAUUCUCAUUUGGGAAACUGCGCUAUGAUGGAAAGAGAGCAGCAGAAGGCACAAGCCCGAACAUGGACUGAAAUUUUCAGCUUAAUUGAACUUUAUUUGCCACAUUUUUUAAGUCACAACCCCGCAUGUGGCUUGAUAUCAUUGGCUGAAGAAGAUUCUUUGAGGUCUAGUAUGGGCGUAUACAUCUGGAUGUUCAAUUCCCAAUUGAGCAACUGUUUGGACAUCAUCAUUGUUUCUAUGCCCUGGUAGUGGUAGAAGCUUUAGCUUUGGGGAGAUGUUGAGGGCUCUCUCUUUACAUCCCCCUUCUAGUAAAAUCAUUUUUCUUUAUUUUCUUUUUUCUAAAUAGGUGGGCAAAUGCCAAACUCUUAUUGUUAAAUUCAUAGUUAAAUAACGAGAAUUUUAAGAAGCCUGUGCAGAAGGAAUCCCCUUCAUUAUUUGCAAUGGGGUAUUAACGAUCUGUCUUUUCCAUUGUAUUUUUUUUCUUCAUUUUAAUCAUGUGAUUCUCAUGAACUUAAUUUUUUUUUAUAUAGAUUUGCCCAUAUAACACUAUUACCUCCUUGAGGUUUUCUUGGUAUUGUUGUGACGAGUUCAUUUGGAAUGUCUGGACCUUUA